GCAGCGCGUGUGUUGUGAAUCCGGAGAGAUGCAAACACCUCAAAUAUUUCUCACGUUUCACUCAAAUAAGAAAUAAAUGAGAUAUUCAGAGUAGUUCCAGCUUUGGGUAAAUUGCAAGACGGGAUGAAAUUGUUUAUUCUGAAAGCGUGUCUUCUAAACAACUUAUCCAAUUGUGAAUGUUUUUCUUAUCGAAUGCCUGUGUUCUGUUAGCGCAGAUCUCACGUUUUUAUGUGUAUUGUAAGAUCUGUUUUAUGUGUAUUGUUGCAUUCUUCUGGUUUCAGAUGUGUGUAUGUGAGCACAGGUAUGAUCUUCCUCUCCGUGUCAGAUGUUUUCUGGAGGACUGAUGCCUAGAAUCAACAGGACAUUUGUGUUGGCUCUCCUCAUCUCAUUCAGUUCCAUAUUUCUCCUCUUUCAGCUGUACUACUACAGACAGUAUGCAUCAAAGAACGGAUUUAACAUUUCGGGCGGUAAAGGAUAUCUUUCUGGCAAAGAAGCGCAUUUGGUGAGUCCAGUCUGAUAGUGGCCGUAGUCUAAACCAUGGACUAAACGCAGCUCUCCGUGUCCUGAAAUGUUUCAGUUGCCUGUGUUUCUGGCGGACACUGCCUCGCUGAACCUCCUGUCCCAGGAUGACCUUCUUUACAAGGCCAGUCAGCAGAAAGAGCCUCGCUGCAGUUUUCUGUGCACACACAGAGACUUCACCACCUUCGCCCUGCUUGGAAAUCUCUGGAAAUACGAUAAGGAUGCCCUGUUGCAAGCAGCAGAGGAACGGGGUCUGGAAGUGCUGGAGAUACGUGGGAAAGACCCCAGGCUGAAUAGCAUGGACGAUUUGACGGGAAAUGAGAUACCGCUGCACUUCCUGUUUCGUUUUAACAAUCGUGUGGUUCAUGUGGUUGUUCUGUACGAGCGCAGUGGAAACUACCUCUGGCACGGACCCCUCAGACUGAAAGCCAGUAUGGACAAAACCUUCAUCCCAUUCGGGAAGCUGGACUUUGGCCGGCACGCAGGGGCUUAUGACAGACCUGAGCUCAUCCUUACGACUCUUGACGGGCUUGAUGUACGAACCCCCAAAAACCACUCUCGUUUCCUUAUCGACCAUUCCAACAGCCGCUUCCUGGAGUGUCGCUGCAAAGAGGCUAAAACUUUCUACCAGCUGUACCCGGACGAGACCUCCCCAGAGGUGAUGGACUUCAAGAUGAAGGCUAAAAGUCUUCUUCAUCUCGCUUCCAAAGUCCUCUCUGCGCUUGGGGUGCCUUUCUGGCUGAGCAGUGGAACCUGUCUUGGCUGGUACCGGCAGUGUAAUAUCAUCCCCUACAGUAAAGACGUUGAUCUGGGCAUUUGGAUUAAAGAUUACAGGCAUGACAUCACACAGGCGUUUCAGAAGGCUGGUCUCCCUCUGAAACACCAGUUUGGGAAGGUGGAGGACAGUCUGGAGCUGUCGUUUCAGGGAAAUGAUGUCAAACUAGACAUUUUCUUCUUCUAUGAUGAUGAUGAUGUUAUGUGGAAUGGAGGCACACAGGCAAAGAGUGGCAAAAAAUUCAAAUAUGUGUUCCCACGAUUCAGUCUGUGUUGGACUGAGCUGGUCGAUCUAAAAGCGCGAGUUCCCUGCGAGACUCUGGACUAUGUGACGGCCAACUACGGCCCCAAAUGGAAUGUUCCGGUGAAGGUGUGGGACUGGAAGAGUUCUCCUCCUAACGUGCAGGAGAACGGAGUCUGGCCGGUGAGGGAAUGGGAUGAUGUCAUCCAGGUUUACUGAGGUGACACCGGAGUGACAGUCUAUACUUCUGAUUUUAAACUGUUUUUAAUGUAAAACGUUACGUUAUGAACCACAUCAAGCUACUACAAACCUAUAAACUGGAUUAUGUGUAAAAAGACCUUGACUGUCUUUGUAACACUAAAAAUAAAUGAAUGAGGUACGGAAUACAGAAAUAUUCCUGAUUUCUCCAAGUUUACAGGCGUGUUCUUUACGGAUGGCUGUAGUGAAUUUCUAUAUGAAUAUUAAUAUGUUCAGAGUGUAUAAACUGCAGUUAUACACUAUCAUGGCUACUGAUAUUUGUGUUUUAUGAAAUAAAAAGUCCUGUGUGAAAUCUUUGGCUUCUACUGCUAUUUAUUGAUUGAAAUUAAUGGCUGGUAUUUGCACAAUAUCUAAACAUAAAUGCAUAAAACCAUUUGAUGAUUAUAUAAGUAAAAUGCACAGAUAAUUGAUAACCCAGAUCUGAUUGAUAUUGUGGGGUUAUAUCACUUUUCUUGAUGAAGAUUCUGAAUGACCGCUGUUUUAUAGUUGGAUAGUUUGAUGUGUGUGCAGAAUGUUCUGUACAUGCGUCAAGUUUUAUUAUGUUUGGACUUGGCCUUGAGAAAAGGGGCCUGUUGACCCCACUAAACAUUAAAUUACGUAAUUUUUUAAAGAUCCCACACAGGAGACGCAUCAAAUCCGCAAUAUAACAAACAUUAUAUUGAUCACUUCUGCCAUCUGUAUUGUGAAACGCUUCAGAGCAUUUUUAUUUAUUUUCCCUGAAAAACAAAUUGAAGGAUUUUUUUAAGUAAUUAAAACAUUGACUAUAAGUUCCAUGUUAUAUUUAUCUGCGUUUGCAUUAAAGUGAGUAAAAUAUCUAUUGGAAAUAUCUGUUUAAUUUAAUUGUUUUAUGUAGUUU